AGAUGCUUACUGAGUAAGGUGGGAUCCAACAAGAGUGUAGUACAGAAUGCAGUAAUUUAUUAAUUACUUUUUUCUAAGGUAUCUCAACAGAACAACACUUAAUGAAGAAAGACAAAGCCUUACCUGUCUGGUACAUUUGUGAUUCUUGAUGAUUAAUUACUUGAAGAGUAAUAUGUUUGAAAUUCACCAGUUUUAGAAAUGGAAGAAGGUGAUGAACCUGAUCAGCCUAUCUCAGCAGGGAGACAAGAAAUUCGAAAGAGAAGACGACCCAGCCAACCAACGGUAGACAAAUCCCAGCAGACUGAAGUGACAGAGAAAAAGAAACACUUGCCUAUAUCACAAUCAUCUGGCCCUAAAGCUACGCUUAGUAUUGGUAAUAUUCCUGGAAGCAAAGUCAACUAUGAGUCUCUCAGAGUAUCUUCUCAACUUCAGCAAACUUGGACAAAGAGAAAGCGUGUACAGGAUAUGACAGAUAAAUCUCUGCAAACAGACGCUACUGUAGAAGAGAAAAAAGAAGAAAUCAUGUCAGUUAGUGAAACAGUGAUACCUGAAGAAAAGCCAGCUGCUGUUGGAGAAGCAGUCCCUGAUUGUCCAGAGAGUGUUCAGGAAGUAGAAAUUCCACCAAGCAGACAUUCAGUUCAAUUCAAAAUAGACAGAUCUCAGCAGACCAGUUGUACUGGAGACUGGACAAUGAUGAACAUUCCUCAAAAAGAAAAAGUGAGCAAGGAACAGCAGACAUACUUUAGUGAAACAGAAAUAAUGGUUAUUGGCAGGCCAGAUAGCUCUUUUUCAAAGUCAAAUGAGGUUGUGCAGAAACGUAAAUCCUCAGGGAAAUUUUUCAUUAGUGAACAUCCUGAAUUGCAACCUUCAACAAGUAAAGAUGAAGCAAUUGGGCAGAUAUAUAUCAGCAGAUUUCUAUUUGGUCAACAAAGCAAAAAGGGUUCUUUGGAACUUUCAGAAGAUGGGCAGUAUGUUCUAGGUGAAGUACAGCCUCCCACUGCAGAAGAGAUCUCUGCUGAAAUGCAACCUCUGCCAACUGAGGAGACUACUACAGAAAACUCCCCAACUGAACUUCAGCCUCCACCAAUUGAAGAGGAUCCUGCAGAAAAGGGCCCUGCUAAAGUAGAGCCCACACUGGGUGAAGAGACUCUUUCAGAAGGGCCCCCUGAUGAAGUUCAGUCUCCAAAAGUUGAAGAAGCUUCUAUUGAAGUACAGCUUUCCCCAACUGAGGAGACUCCUGCAGAAGAGGCCCCUGCUAAAGUAGAGUCUAUCCCUGCUGAAAAGACUUUUUCAGAAGAGGCUUAUGCUGAAGUUCAGCCUCCAUCAGCUGAAGAGCCUCCUACACAAGAGGCCCCAGAACUUCAGCUUCCACCAGCUGUGGAGGCCCCUGCAGAAGAGGCCCCAGCUGAAGUUCAGUCUUCACUAGCUGAGGAGGGCUUCUCUGAAGAGGCCCCAGCUGAAGUUCAGCCUCCACUAGCUGAAGAGACCCCUGCAGAACAGGCCCCAGCUGAAGUUCUGUCUUUACCAGCUGGGGAGGCCUUCUCUGAAGAGGCCCCAGCUGAAGUUCAGCCUCCACUAGCUGAAGAGACCCCUGCAGAACAGGCCCCAGCUGAAGUUCAGCCUCCACCAGCUGAGACAUCUCCUGAAGUUCAGUCUUUACCAGCUGAGGAUGCCCCUGCAGAAGACACCCAAGGUGCAGUUUGGGCUCCACCAGCUGAUGAGGGCCCUGAAGAAGAAGCUCCAGAUGAAAUUUGGUCUUUACCAGCUGAGGAGGCUCCUGCAGAAAAGGCUCCAGAUGAAGUACAGUUUCCACCAGCUGAGGAGGCUCCUGCAGAAGAGGUUCCGGAUGAAGUACAGUUUCCACUAGCUGAGGAACCUCCUGCAGAAGAGGCCCCAGAUGAAGUUUGGUAUCUACCAGCUGAGGCAGGCCCUGCAGAAGAGGCCUCAGCUGAAAUUUGGUCUCCAGCAGCUGAGGAGGUCCCUAAAGAAGAUACCCCAGCUAAAAUUUGGUCCGCACCAGCUGAGGAGGCCUCAGCUGAAAUUUGGUCUCCACCAGUGGAGGAGGUCCCUAAAGAAGAUACCCCAGCUGAAGUUUGGUCUGCACCAGCUGGAGGAGUCCUCAUUGAACUUCAUCCAUCCGAUGAAGAAACUACUUUAGAAAUGGUCCCUGUUGACAAAUAGUUUCCAGCAGCUGAAGAGGACUUUAUUACACAAAUCUCUAUAGAAGAUGUCCUUGCUAAAUUUCAGCCUCCACCAUCUGAACACAUUGCUAUAAAUGAGGCUUUGGUAGACCAUAUGUCUACUGAAUAUCAAUAUCUCCAGACAACAGAUGUCCCAGUGGUAAAAUUAGAAUCACUGGUUUUGGAAGAUCAGCAAAAACUUGAAGAGCCUUUAGAACUGGAUCCUGCCCCUGAAGAUUUGUCUAAUAUCAAGAAGGAACAGGUCCUUGCCUUCGAAGUGGAGGGUGUCUUUCAUAUAGAAAUAAAAUAGAGGCCUCUUUCUCAGCUGUAAUCAGGUCUUAACUAAGUUAGCAAUCAGAAGCUAGGGGACAUAAACACUUUAGAAAAGUGUAGGCAUUUGGAAGUAGCUUUGUGAACAGGGAGAUAAAAGGAAACCCUAAGACAUGGACCACUGGUUGGAAAAUGAACAAUAAAAACUAG